CCACGCUAUCGCCUCCGGCAUAUCGAUAGUUUCGUGAAUCGUUAGCCCAGCUCUAAAAUAGUGUUUCUCUUCUCUCGUGUAGAAAAACAGAGAAAUUAAACUUUUUCGCGCAUUUCGCCAUUGCAAAAACUGAAAAUCGCGAUCGCGUUCGUUUGCCCUGCAGAUUGCACAACUACGCUCUCUCAAUUGGCGCCGAUUUAGCGGAGAAUCGCGAAUUCAAAGAAAUAUUCGCAGCAAGAAGAAGAACGGAACGGCCAGUAUAAUCCAAACGGAUUAAUAACAAAAACAAAGAGAGCAGCCAAAUGUUUCGCCUGAGUGACCACAUCCACAACCACAAGGAUUAGAGCCAGCAACACGGAGUGAGAGGAUACCAGAAGCAGCCAAGGAACCACCGCUAGCGAAAAAUGUCGCGCUGGGGCAAGAACAUCGUGGUGCCGCUGGACUCGCUGUGCAAGGAGAAGGAGAACACCAACCGACCCACUGUCGCCAGAUCUGUGGGCACCGUUGGCAAGUGGGGCAAGAUGGGCUUCACCUCCACGCGCACCUACACCCUGUCCGCCAUCCAUCCCAUGGCCGCGGCAGCGGCGGCUGCUGCAGCGGCCGCCAGUCCUUCCCAGAGUCCCGCCUCCACGCAGGAUCACGAUCCCAACGACAUGUCCGUUUCGGUGCCGGAGCCGCCAAAGCCGAAAAAGUUCUUCAAAUCAAGGAAUACCGCUCCGCCAGAAGUCAUAGCCCAGAUAAUUCAGCAGCUACCACACUGUGGAGCCGGUGCGUCACCCAUGCGGGACCAUUUCUCGUCGGCGGGUGUGGGUGCUGGUGGUGUCACGCCUACUUCCGGUGCCCAGGAGGCGGGCGGAGUGAAGCUGAAGCUGGGCAAGGGUGUCAGUUCCGCAGAGCGGAAGCGCAAAUCGCCCAAGAAGAAGGCAGCAGCAACGCCAGCCUCCACGCCCUCGACGCCUGGUGCGUUCUACGGUGCCUCCGAUCGAGAUGGCGAUGGGCUAAGCGAUCCCGCCUCGGAGCAGCCGGAGCAACCGUCCAGUGCCUCGGGCAAGCAGAAGCAGAAGAAGCCGAAGGAGGAGAAGAAGCUGAAGCCGGAGGCACCGCCAUCGCGAGUACUGGGUCGCGCCCGCAAAGCGGUCAACUACCGCGAAGUGGACGAGGACGAGCGCUAUCCCACGCCCACCAAGGAUCUGAUCAUUCCCAAGGCGGGGCGCCAAACGGCUGAAGUGGCGGCCACGGCAACACAUGUCGCCGCUUCGUCGGAAGCCUUCAUCAGUUCCACGUUUGGCAGCCCUGGAUCUGAGCCAUCGUUACCCCCGCCUACGUCAGCGCCAAGUGCUUCUGCGUCCCAACUGCCCUCCGCAUCCGGCGGCGCGUCGAAUCCUUCGAGCGCCUCCCGCACGCCGGAACAUCCUCCUAUCGUGCUGCGCAUCUCCAAGGGCACUUCGCGCUUGGUCAGCACAGAUAGCGAGGAGCCGCCGAGCAGCUCGCCCGCUCACCAGAACCAACUGAAUCAGCUUCCGGUCACGGAGGAGGAGCCAGCGGAUCGGUCCCGUGACGAAACAGUUCCUGCAAGUACGCCAAAAAUCACAGUGAAGCCACUGAGGCCGCCCCCAGCAGCAGAUUCCGUGGAUGGAUCGUCAGCGACAGUAGGAGGAGCAUCGGCAGGCGAUUCUUUCGAAGAACGCAAGUCCCAGUCACUAGACGCCAACGAGGACGAGGAGGACGAAGAAGAGGAGGAGGACGAAGAGGAGGAACCGCCGGAGAUCAACUACUGCACGGUGAAGAUAUCCCCGGACAAGCCACCGAAGGAACGGCUCAAACUGAUCAUCAAGACGGACGUGAUCCGCAACGCCAUCGCCAAAGCCGCAGCAGCAGCCGAGUCCCGCAGUGAAAAGAAGUCGAAGAGCAAAAAGCACAAGCACAAACAGCUGCUGGUCGCGGGAUCUGGUGCCGCUCCAGCGUCUGGAGCCACCCCUGCGGAGAUUAACUCUGAAUUUAAGACACCCUCACCUCAUUUGGCUCUCAGCGAGGCCAACAGUCAGCAAGCACAGCAUACACCAUCUCAUCUGCAUCAACUACAUCAGCUGCAUCCGCAGCGGGGCUCCACGGUCAUAUCGCCAACCACCCGAUCCGAUCACGACUUCGACUCGCAGUCCUCGGUGCUGGGCAGCAUCUCCUCGAAGGGAAACAGCACGCCGCAACUGCUAGCGCAGGCUGUGCAGGAGGACAGUUGUGUGAUUCGCAGCAGGGGAUCUAGUGUGAUCACCAGUGAUCUGGAGACGAGUCAGCACUCCUCGCUGGUGGCUCCCCCCUCGGACAUUGAGUCACGACUCGAGUCCAUGAUGAUGACCAUCGACGGAGCCGGGACGGGAGCAGCAUCUGCGGUGCCGGAGACGCCACUGCAGGAGGACAUACUGGCUGUGCUGCGAGGGGAAGUGCCACGGCUAAAUGGCAAUACGGAUCCGGAGCCAACCGAGGAGGAGGAUCAACAACAGCAGCCGAAGAGGGCUACGCGUGGCAGGGCCAGAAAGGCGAAUAACAAUGUGGAUGUAACUCCACCCGCCUCGGAGACCAGAACCCGAGGUAGAGCCAAAGGAGCAGAUGCCACCGCGGCUGCCAUAUCGCCUCCAACGGCCAAAAGAACCACACGGGGCAAUCGGGGCUCCAGAAAAACCGAGCAGGAAGUCGACAUGGAAGUGGACGAAACGGCGGUGACGACGUCGCAAGCGAACGAGGAGCAGCUGGAACAGGCCACACUUCCACCGAGGAGAGGUCGCAAUGCUGCUGCCCGAGCCAAUAACAAUAAUUCGGCAAGCGUUAACAACAACAUUAAUAAGAUAGCCGCCAAUCUGUCCGCCAAAGCCGAGGCCAGCCGCCUGGCUGAGGGCGGAGUACCUGGUGGAGCGCCACGUAGCUAUGGCCGGAAGCGAAAGAACCAGCAGGUGACGCAGGUGCUCCAGCAGGAACAAGCGUCCGAAGAGCAGGAACUUCCCGAGGCCGAGGAGGAGCAGCCCACACCCGCCAAGAUUCCCCACACCGAUAACAGGGAACAUUCGCCAGACCACGAUCCGGAUCCCGAUCCGGAUGAACUGUCGAACAACUCAAAUAACUCGUCGUUGCAGCACGAUGGUUCCUCCUCCUCGCCCCCACCCCGCGAUUUCAAAUUUAAGGAUAAGUUUAAGCGAACAUUGACAUUGGACUCGCAGGGCGCGGCGAAUGCCGGAGCGGGAGGAGCAGCAGCAGCGCCACCACCUGAGUCCUCUGGCGAACAGCGAGGCGCUGUCAAGCUCGUCAUUUCAAAGAAAAAGGGCAGCAUCUUCAAGAGCCGCGCUCUGGUGCCAUCCGAUCAAGCUGAACAGGCUACAGUGGCCAAGCGGCAUCUUUACAAGCACAGUUGGGAUGCUGCGCUGGAAGCGAAUGGCGGUGGUACCGGCAGCGAUGCUAGCAAUGCCUCGGCAUCCGGAGUGGGCGUCGCUGGGGCCAAGGACCAUCUGCAUCAUUUGGCGGCGGGUAAAUCCGACGGUGACUUCGGAGACAGUCCUUCGUCGAACAACAAUGGCUCCUCCAGUGCGUGCAGCAGUGCGUCCACGUUGCGCGGCGAUAGCCCGGCCCUCGGAAAGAUCUCGCGACUGGCGGGAAAACAGGGAGUACCUGCCACCUCCACCAGUGUCGAUGCCUUCGACCUGGAUUUGGAACCAAUUGUCGGAGAGCUCGACCUAGAGCGUGGAGCAGCGGGCGCUUCCUCUGGCGGAACGGGAGGAGCGACAGGCGGAGGAGGAGCGACGGGCGGUGGUGGUCCCAUUCGGGUCGACCGCAAAACUAAGGACUACUAUCCAGUGGUGCGAAACGUGAAGACAGCCCACCAAAUCCAGGAGAUUGGCGAGUACCAGGAAAUGGACGACGAUGUCGAGUACAUCCUGGACGCACUACAGCCGCACAAUCCGCCGGCGACACGUUGUCUAUCCGCCCUUCAGCUAGCUGCCAAGUGUAUGAUGCCCGCCUUCAGGAUGCACGUGCGUGCCCACGGUGUGGUUACCAAAUUUUUUAAGGCAUUAUCCGACGCCAACAAGGACCUCAGCCUGGGCCUGUGCACCUCGGCCAUCAUGUACAUACUCUCUCAGGAGGGCCUCAACAUGGACCUGGAUCGCGACUCCUUGGAGCUGAUGAUCAACCUCCUAGAGGCGGACGGCGUGGGUGGGAGCACGGAAACUGGACACCCGGAUAGAGCGGGCUACGAUCGCAACAAGCAGAAGGUGCGCGAAUUGUGCGAGGAGAUCAAGGCGCAGGGCAAGGGAACGCAUCUCAACGUUGAUUCUCUGACUGUGGGCACGCUGGCAAUGGAAACGCUGCUGUCACUGACGUCCAAGCGGGCGGGCGAGUGGUUCAAAGAGGAUCUGCGCAAGCUGGGUGGCCUGGAGCACAUUAUCAAGACCAUCUCGGACUUCUGCAGCCCUGUGAUUGCCAGCGAUGCAGAGAUCGACUGGCAGCCGACGCUGCUGGAUAACAUGCAAACGGUAGCGCGAUGCCUACGAGUACUCGAAAACGUGACGCAGCACAAUGAGACGAACCAGCGCUACAUGCUCACCUCUGGCCAGGGAAAAGCGGUGGAGACGCUCUGCCAACUGUACCGCCUUUGCAGUCGACAAAUCAUGUUGCAUCCUUCGGAUGGUGGUGGCAGCAACAAGGAGCAUCCGGGCGUGGCCAUGCGCGAGCUGCUGGUGCCGGUGCUCAAGGUACUGAUCAACCUGACGCACACGUUCAACGAGGCGCAGCCAUCGCUGGGCGCCGAGUUGCUAGGUCAAAGGGGCGAUGUGGUGGAGACGAGCUUCCGGCUGCUGCUGCUCUCGGCCAACUACAUUCCCGACCAAUGUGUCUUUGAGCUAAGCAUACUGAUUCUUACACUGCUAAUCAAUUUGUGCAUGCAUACUGUGCCCAAUCGGGCUGCUCUAAUGCAAGCUGCUGCUCCACCAGAGUACGUAGCGGAUAAUCCACCAGCGCAGGGAUCUGUGAGUGCACUGCAAGCUCUGCUUGAGUACUUCUACAAAUGCGAGGAGCUGGCCAGAUUGGUGGAGAAGAACACAGACGCCUUCCUCGAGAGCAACGAGAAGGGAAAGAAGAAGCAAGAGGAAGUGGAGGAGACAGUCAACAAUCUUCUACAACGAGCCGGCCACCACAUGGAGCACACGCUAAAGGGAAGUUAUGCGGCCAUCCUAGUGGGAAAUUUGAUAGCGGACAACGAGUUGUACGAGUCUGUGGUGCGCCGCCAGCUGCGAGGAAACAGCUUUAAGGAGAUCAUUGGCGUGCUGGAGAAAUACCACACAUUCAUGAACCUUACCUCCAGCUUGGAGGCAGCCUUUGUGGCGCAUAUGAAGUCCACGAAACGCAUCAUCGACAACUUCAAGAAGCGCGACUACAUCUACGAGCACUCGGAUGACCACGACAACCCCCUGCCUCUGAAUCUGGAAACGACGGCGCAAGUGUUGGCCGUGGGAGCGGACGCGUCGCAUGCUGCCUCAAGCUCGUCCACGUCCGCCUCUGCAUCCGCACCCUCAUCCACCUCCACAUCCACAUCGGCCACAGGAACGACGAGGGCGCCGAGGGUCUAUAAAACGUACAGCAGCCACAGAUAAUCGGACC